AUGGGAAAUCAUAAUGAGAACACAGGGGAGAAGCUCCAUUUGGCCCAGGAGCAACUUGCCUUGGCCGGGGACAAAAUCCUCUCCCUAGAAAGGAGCUUAAACCUCUACAGGGAUAAAUACCAGACUUCCCUGAGCAACAUCGAGUUACUGGAGUGCCAAGUGAAGAUGUUGGAGGGGGAGCUCAGCAGGAUCGUCGGUCAGGAGCCCAAGAACAAGGGUGAUCAUUCAAAGGGGCAUAUAUGCACUUCUCCUUGCAUGAUUCAAGAGCAUCAGGAGACCCUGAAACGACUAUCUGAAGUCUGGCAGAAGGUCUCUGAACAGGAUGAUCUAAUAAAGGAACUUCGAAAUAAGCUAGCCUGCAGUAACGCUUUGGUUCUGGAGCGUGAAGAGGCUUUGAUAAAAUUACAAGCAGACUUUGCUUCCUAUACAGCCACCCACCGACAUCCCCCUAGCUCCUCAGAAGAUUGUGAAGACAUCAAAAAGAUACUGAAGCACCUGCAGGAGCAGAAAGACAGCCAGUGCCUGCGUGUGGAGGAGUACCAGAACCUCGUGAAGGAUUUGCGCGUGGAGCUAGAAGCCGUGUCGGAACAGAAGAAAAACAUCAUGAAGGACACGAUGAAGCUGGAGCUGGACCUGCACGGGCUGCGGGAAGAGACAUCUGCCCACGUGGAGAGGAAGGACAAGGAGGUCGUCAUCCUGCAACGGCGACUGCUGGAGCUGCAGGUGCAGUUCACUGAGACCCAGAAGCUUGGUUUGAAAAAAGACAAGGUCCUCCAGGAGAAAGAUGAAAUGCUGCACGAGCUAGAGAAGGACCUGGCGCAGGUUAAGAACACCCUCAUAAAAAAGGAGAUGGAGUUGGAGAAGCAGCAAUGCAUGACAAGUCAACUCGAAAUUUCCAUCCAGGAGGAGAGACAGGAUAAGUGCAAGGCCGAGUAUGGGCACCUGGGAGCUGAGAUCAAGAAGCUGAAGGACUGUCUCGAAGAUGCCAAACAGCAGCACAGGCUGGCUGCUCAGCAAGCAGCCCAAUAUAAAGAAGAGGCCAUUCUGGCAAAGGGUAACCUGGAGGAUUGCCAUAGGAAACUGCAAAGCUGCAUUUGCCUGGAGAAGCAGAAGGCAGAGACCAUCCAGGAGCUCCAGAGAGAACUUCAGAAGCUGCAGAAGGAUUCCCUAAUGACUGAGGAGGAACUCGCACCCAGCAGGAAGCGGAUAGAGGAGCUGACAUCAGAAUUAUCUGAGUUCUCGAGAAAACUUGAAAUUUCAGAGAAGGAAAAGAGGCAGCUUCAGAAGACAGUGACUGAGCAGGAUGUAAAACUGAAUGACCUGCUAGAUCGUAUAAAUCACAUUCAACACCAGAACAGGAAGCAAGCCUCCUCCAAAUGCAGUCUAGAAGAACAGCUCCAGGAGGAAACCAGGCUGCUGGAGGAGAAACGGGAGCAGUUGAAAAAGAGUAAAGAGCGGGAGAAGCUACUGGAGCAAGAGCUCGAGAUAUUACGACAGGAAGAAAAAAAGAAAGAAAAGAUGUCAAAGGAGAAUUUGAGAAAGUUGGAGGAGGAAAAUGAUAAUCUCAAAUCGCAGUUAAAGCAAUGUUCUGCACAACUGGAUUCCUCUCUCUGCAAACAAAACAGCACCCAGCAAAUCAACCAGGAGCUGACUCGUAAGAUAACCCUUCAGCAGGAGACCAUGGCGAGUCUGCAGAUUCAGCUGGACAAGGCUGCGGCGAAAGAGAAGCGAUAUCUCCAGACCACGGUCAGUAAAGAAGUCUAUGAGGAGGUAUGCCGGAAGUCAGCCUCCUGCCAAGACGACCUAACGCAGGCCCUGGAGAAGCUCAAUCAUUCGACCUCAGAGACAAACAGUCUUCACCGAAGUCUGACACAGGCCCAAGACAGGAAGAUUCAGCUGGAAGAGGAAGUCAUUGCUUACGAGGAGAGGAUGAAAAAGCUGAAUGUGGAGUUAAAAAAACUGCAGGGCUUCCAGCAGCAGAGUGAGCUAGAGGUGCAGGCCUUCGACAAAAAGCUGGAGGACAUGAGCAACCAGGUGCUGCAGUGGCAGAGGCAGCACCAGAGCGACCUCAAGAUGCUGGCCGCUAAAGAGGAGCAGCUCAGGGCGUUCCAGGAGGAAAUGCGCGCCCUGAGAGAGAACCUCCUCGCGGACGAGAGGGAGUCCUGUUGCCUGCCCCAGCGGUCUGCGCCCAAAGAUACCUGCAAGCUGCACCGAGAGAAUGAUCAGAUUAUGUCCAACAUGGAGCAGUGGGCAAAAGAGCAGAAGAUCGCCAAUGAGAAACUAGGAAACAAGCUCUGUGAACAGGUCAAAUAUAUCACCAAGCUGACUGGUGAAAAGGAUCAGCCAGGAACCAGGGCUGCAGACCAAACACCCACCUGUCCUCCCCUCUCCUUCCGCAGCCACCUCCACGAUGUAAUGGUCCAUCUGCAAAAGGAAAACACGAAACUAAAGAAUGAAAUAGAGGAGAAGAAGCUGAAAGCUGGGCCCUCAAGGGUAUAUACCAAAGCCCUAUGCCCAAGCAAAACAGACCCCACAUCAAGGGGGAAAAUGUAUGGCACCUUGGGCUGGAGGGGGAUAACCCAAGCUGUGAGCCAAAGAAUGGACAUCACCAAGUCUGUCGGGUUGCCCCACUGCUCAGGUUCCUCAUAUUGCUAGAAUCAGCGCCUUGCCCUGAGCAUCAUUUC